AUGAUUGGUAUCCGGCAAUGGGCGCUGUUGGCUGCAUUUUUGUGGUUAGUGGCGACAAGCGAAGCCCGGCGCAAACUCAAGCGAGACGAAGUAGAAAGCCUGAAGUCAUUGGAGACUGUCGAUUUAGAUGAGGAAUAUGAUGAGCUAGAACCAUGUCAGUGUGGCGUGUUCAUGUCACAGCAAGUUGGAAUAAAGGAUGGCCGUCGGAGUCGCCCGCGCGGGCCGCCACAGGGCGAACCUGUAGUCACAUAUGACACUGAUGGACCGAGCCUGCCGUGCGGUUCUGGAGGGUUUAAACAUUGUAUCAGCAAGUGUCUCGAUGUGAUAUUGAAGUACUUGCCUCGUGCCGGUCCGGUGAUUUGUGGGGCGGUAGAGCGUGACGUGCGGCGAGAGAAGGCGUUCCUCUUCAUCAGAAACUGUGGCGGUCAGUGGAACCCUACCAACUUUUCUGCUGGCAAAGAGUUCUGUUGCACGGACGGACAACACCACAAAUGC